GCGAAAUAAAACAAACGAGCCACAUAAAGUGCAUGUAUUCUCAUACGGAAAAAAGAAAGAACAUGAAUUUUGCGAAUAAUUGCUGAUAUAAGCUAAAACACCUCUUAUUUUAGACAAUAUCUAACCGAUAUCACAAUGGGCGACUUCUUGGAAUUCUCUAAUGUUGUUCAAGAAGUUAGAGGUGCAAUGCACCCUGGCAGACUAAAGCUUCAGAGUCAUGAUGUUAUAUUUAAGAAUAUGAAGACGGGGAAAGUGGACCAUUUUAACGCAGAUGAUAUAGAAACCACUCAGUGGCUCAUGAGAGCAAAAGGACAUUGUUUAAAAAUAAAGUUAAAUAACAACACAAUUCACAGAUAUGAUGGAUUCAAAGAAGGGGAAUUUGACAAACUUUCAUCAUUCGUGAAAAACUUUUACAAAACAGAUCUCGAAAAACAGGACCUUUCCCUUAGGGGAUGGAACUGGGGAAAAUCAAAAUUUGAUGCUGGCUCCCUUGAAUUUGAAAUAGGCGGAAAAACAGGUUUUGAAAUCCCACUCUCAAACGUUUCUCACACAACAGCCAAUAAGAAUGAAGUAACGUUAGAGUUUCACCAAAAUGACGAUGCAGCAGUUUCAUUGAUGGAGCUGAGAUUUCACGUUCCAGGGGAGAAGGGAGAUGACAAUGAAAUACCAGCAGUUGAGGAGUUCCACAGUAACAUAUUGGCCAAGGCUGACAUCAUACAGGCCAUUGGUGAAUCAAUAGCUACCUUUGCUGAAGUACAAUGUCUUACACCAAGGGGUCGCUACGAUAUUAAAAUAUACCCAACAUUCUUACAACUUCACGGUAAAACAUUUGAUUACAAGAUUCCAUACACGACAGUUCUGCGGUUGUUCCUGCUUCCUCAUAAAGACAACAGGCAGAUGUUCUUUGUGGUCAGUUUGGAUCCUCCCAUAAAACAAGGCCAGACAAGAUACCCAUUCCUGAUCCUGUUGUUCAGCAAGGAAGAUGAGUGUACACUCGAACUCACACUCAGCGAGGAAGAAUUAAAUGAGAAGUAUGAAGGAAAGCUGCAGAAAGAAAUGACAGGUCCAGAGUAUGAGAUUGUAAGUCGUGUGAUGAAGGCACUCGUGAACAGGAAAAUUACCGUCCCUGGCAGUUUCAGCAGUCACCAUGGAGCCAGCUGCGUUGGAUGUUCUUACAAGGCAUCUUUAGGUAUUCUCUUCCCUUUAGAGAGAGGUUUCAUCUUUGUACACAAACCUCCCAUCCAUAUCAGAUUUGAUGAAAUUACGAACGUCAACUUUGCACGUAGCACUGGAAGUACGCGUUCCUUUGACUUCGAGGUCAACACUAAGGCUGGCACUGCAUAUACAUUUGUUGGAGUUGAAAAGGAUGAGUAUGGCAAAUUGUAUGACUUUGUUACUGCCAAGAAACUGAGAGUUAAAAACAUUGACAAACAAUCGCAACAAUCGGGCACAUAUGAUGACAUCCUUGGCUCAGACAGCGACAAUGAAGGCAACCAUGACGCAUACAUGGAGAGGAUGAAAGCCGAGGCCAAAGAGCGUGACCAAGAUGAUGAUGAUGAUGAGUCAUCUGAGGACUCAGAUUACAACCCUGACAUUGACCAGUGUAGUGAUGUUGAACUUGAGUAUGACACUGAUGCCACAAGCAGUGCUACACCCUCUGAAGAUGAGGGUGGUAAUGCAGCUUCUAGCUCAAGUGAUAAAGAUAUGACUGAAGAAGAGAGGAAGAAGAGGAGAGAAGAGAAGGAACUGAAGCGCAAGAAGAAACACAAAGCCAAAAAAGCAAAGAAAGCAAAGACUAUAAAGGAGCCAGGGACAAGGAAGCCCCGGAAGAAGGGUAAGGCUAAGAAGGACCCUAAUGCCCCUAAGCGUCCUCAGUCCGGCUACUUUCUGUGGUUGAACGAGAACCGCAGCCGUAUCAAGGAGGAAAAUCCUGAUGCUGGAGUUGCUGAUGUAGCCAAGAUAGGUGGCGCUGAAUGGGGCAAAAUAACUGAUAAAUCUGAAUGGGAUGAAAAAGCCAAGCAAGCCAAGGAGGUCUAUAAACAACAGAUGGAAGAGUACUUGGCCAAUAAACCAGAUUCUGACUCUGAUGAUAAUACUGAAAAUACUCCAAAGAAAAAGAAGAAGACAAAGACGAAGAGUCCGAAAAAGAAUGAGGAAUCAAAAGGAGGCUCUGGGGCAAAUUAUAAAUCAAAGGAGUUCCUGGAUGAUGAUAGCAGUAGCAGCAGCACUGACUCUGAUGAUAAACCCCUCAAACCUAAGAAGACACGUUCAAAGCAUAAAGAAGACGGCUCAGGUGAUGAUUCACCUGCAGGAGAGCUGCCCUCAGAGGAGGAGAUCUUGAGUAGCCCUGCUCACUCUGAGAAAGAUGCCAAGGAAUCAGAAUCUGAGGCUGGAAGUGAUUCAGACAGUGAAUAAUCUCAUAGACCUAUACUACAGAAGAUGUUCUGGAGAACACUUGUCUGUAAGGAACACCUCUCUGUAAGGAACACCUCUCUGUAAGGAACACCUCUCUGUAAGGAACACUUGUCUGUAAAGAACACUUUCAUCAAGUAUGGAGUGUUUUCUGUAGAUUGGUUUUACUGUAUGAAAUAAAC